GCAGUCAAAAAAUACUCCUGCUAAGCUUCUCGUUCCCCCCUCCGCCCGCCGGACCGGAGCACGCCCGCCACCCGACGGAAUCGCCUCUCGUCGUCGACGCCGACCACCCCCUCCUACCCCAUAUCGGUAUUGGAUUGGAGCGGAGUGGGUGUCUACCUUCAGUAAAUUGAAUUCUUCUGUUGGUGAUGAACCCUAGCUUUGCUUUCCGAGUUUUUCCUUGGUUGAAAUUCGACUGAACCCCCUAUGCUCCGCGUUAUAGGUCCGCCCCUGUUACGAGGUGGACGCCGGAGCAUCGGAUCAUGGGGGCCUCUGCCCAGGAAUCGGGUUUGUGGAAGCAAAUCGACGACGCAGAGGACUAUCUACUAAGCGGAUUGUUCGAGCAGGCUGUAUCUACAGCUUUAUCUGUGUCUGAUCAAACACGCACGGUUUCUCUGGAGACUGAAUGUGACCAUGACGAACUCUUAGAUAUUCUUGAAUCAGCUGGAAUGGUACUUGUCCAGGCACUUAAAGAACUCAGGAGGACAUCUGAAAUGUUUGUUCAGCUUAAAAAGAUGUUUGGUUCGGUGGCAACAGUACCUGCUAAAGUUUUCCUUACCGGAGCUACCAUGCAAAUGGCAGCAGGAUCUGGAUCUGACCUUAGACCAAUCUUUGAGGAGUACCUUGCUAAAUGGAGAUAUACAAAUGAUGAAGUUUAUGUUUUGAAUGGAGGACAAGACAACCCUUUAAAUGGAUUUGUUGUUUCAUCUGUUAUGUCAACCAAGCAGUAUCUUGAGGUGGCAGAAUUGUAUACAGUAACAUUCCUUUGUAUUGUCUCCCAAGAGAGUGAAACUGCUAUCUCAUGGGCAGAAAAAGCAGAGCUGACUGAGCAAGGCCGUCAGGACCUACUAAAAAAGCUUUAUGCACUGCGAUCAGCUGCAAAUAAAAAGCCAUCCACUGUUGAAGGGGUAAAACAAAUAGCAGAAAGAAACCUUUCCACUUCUACAAAUGGCUCAACACCAUCGUUACAUGAGGAUGCUCCAAGCACAGCUCCUGUGUACGACAGCCAAAAGGUCCAAGUAAAGUCCACUCGACCUUCAAUCCAACGUGUCACAAAUCAAUUCGAUCCCUUCUUUUGGUGGUUUCAUUCGGUUCGCUUGAGGUUUGGUAAAAUACAUAUUGUUCUACCAAGUGGCAAGUUAAUGCUUCUGCUAUCGCUGCUGUUUUCGACAAUCUAUGUGCUCCGGAGGAAAACUGCUGGCUUGAAGAGGACUGUGUUCCAGCACGCAUCAUCUCUGCGACGAGCAUUCUUUGAUGCACUGCAACUUGCAUUCUCUGUCCAGAUGAAUCCUCUAGCUGCUGUUCAACAAGUGCCGCAAGCCCCUCGAUGAAGCUGGUGAUAAUGUUGUUAUUGAUGUAUGUAAUAAGUCAAUGGAAAGACGACUGAGGUCAUACCUGAUUCUGUGUCAUAGAAAAUGUAAAGACAACUGUGCAUAAUGCAGCAUGAUAAUGAUCAAAUUUUUGUUGGCAUGCCCAGCUCUCUGAGGCAGAGGCUCAAA